AUGCCAAAACGAGCCCGCGCUGAACCUGCCGAGACUUACGACUCUGACGGUGGUUUCGUAUCCGAUGAUGAUGGUGCUGUUCGCAAGUCUAAGAAAUCCAAGACCACCAAAGCUACCAAAGCCACUACAGCAGCGAAACCCACUUCCUCCUCCUCCGCCAUCUCUCCUUCAUGGGAUCUCUCUACCGGACGCACUCCUCGCAAAAUUGAGCUUUCAGACUUCAAAGGUCAAACGCUCAUAAACAUUCGCGAGUUCUAUGAGAAAGAUGGAAAUGUUUUACCUGGAAAGAAGGGUAUCUCCCUAACAGUUGACCAAUACAAAAACUUCCUUAAAUCCAUCCCCCAAAUCAACGCCAAUCUUAAGAAAAAGGGUAUUGACGUUGGUCCCGGAGAAGCAGAGGUAGAGGAAGACGAAGAAGAAGAAGAGUCAGAUGCCAACGAUGAAGAAGAGGAAGAAGCCGUGGAAACAGACUCAGAAGCCGACAAAAAGUCCAAGAGCAAGAAUAAAAAAGUCAAGCCAGCAGCGCAAAAGGUUAAGAAUAAGAAGGGCAAGAAAGAGAAUAUUGAAGCUACGAGUGAUGAGGAAGAAUGA